AGAGAGGGAGGGAGGGGAAAGUUGAGCAGUCGGUAGCUGUUCACAAAAAAAAAACAGUCGGUAGCUUGUGAGCGACGCCACCACACCCAAACCCACCACCGUAAGCUGCAGCCAUGGAGGAGUCGGGGGACGGCAACCGCCGCCGCCGGCCGCCCACACCCAUGGAGGAGGCUCCUGUGCGGCGGGGCCCGAUCACCCAAGACGAAUCCCAUUUUGGGGCCGGUGAGAGCGGCCUCAGCCGCCGCCGCCGCCGGCGGCGGCGGCGGCCUCGGCGAUCAGGGACCCACUCCGAGUCCCAGGCAUCCUCCUCCGUUGCGCCGCCGGUGGACGGCGGUGCCGCCGAUCCGGACUCUCCUACCGGUCCUCGUGUUGUUUUUAGCGACGGGAGGAUCCACGGUGUGUACACCAGGGAGUUCCUCAAGGAGUACCUCAGCAGCCAAAGUCGUCAGCGGCCUGAAACCCGCUCUCAGGCGCCAUCCUCCUCGUCUGCACCCCGCUCCGAUCAUCCUGGAGCUGAAGGGGGAACCCGUGUUCGACAGAGUGUUCUCUAUUCAGACCGGCCAAGGCGGUCUCGACCCAGAAGACAGACGCCGGCUGAAGAGCAUCCUGGCAUCGUGAGUAGCAGUGAGCUUGGCAGGCUAGUUACAGAUUCACCAACAUUUGAGGCGUUGUCGUUGAUUGACUCACCACCAUUAACCCCUCAAACAACUGAUGCUGAAGAGUCUGAUAAUGAUGAAGCGCCCCCUGAACAUGUAAGAUCUGGAUUUGGAUUUCGAACAUGUUCAGCCCGUCCACCCCGCCCGAAGUGGUCCGGAGGUGUACGCGGGCAGGGAAAGUGGUCCGGAGGUGUACGCGGGCAGGGAAUGCUUGAGAAGCAUGCCGGUGAUGCAAACAAUAGCGAGCUUGUUCAAUCGAUUACUGAUUUGUCAAGAUCUGAGGCACUGUCAUUGACUGUCUCAUCUUUUUCAACAUCUGAGAAGCCCACAGAAGAUUCAGAUGACGAUACGGAAGAGGAGUUGCGCUUGCUUGAGGAAUACUUUGAUGCGCAUCCUCCUACCAGCAUCAGUCAAGCUUUUGAUGAACUUGAAGCUGCAAAUCAUGCUGCGCUUACUUCCCUAGCUGCCGAGUGGGGUAUUGAGCCACCACCGCCAUUAUCACCACCAAGGAGGCAAUUCCUAGCUGAUCAAGAACAACAAAAGAUGUCUACUGCAGUUGCUCAUCAUAACCCCCAAUGCUUUCUCGUGCUUAUAGUUGGUAACUUGGGCUGUAAACUGUCCAAAAACCCCUUAUGGCAGGAAGCUUCAGAUGAAGAAAUUGUUGAGAACGCAAAGAAAUGGAUGCGUGACGAGGUAGCACUGGUUUUCGAAGACUACAUUGGAAGAAGAGACGAUCUCAAGAUAGUUGACUACCACCUCGACGAACUUUGCUACCAGUGUGUCAGUGUUGAGGAUUACCAUAACAUUUUCCACCACUAUAACUUUACGGUGAAGUUGAAGAAGGUUAACUCAGAUGAUUGGGUCGGUGCAUUGUACUUUGCAGAAGUGAAGCAGAUGUUUGGGAGAAAAUCCUAUUUCUGUUGCCGGUUGGAGCCGAAUGAAAAUGGUCAUUGCAAUGCAUGUCAAAAUCAAGGAGUGAAUGACCUGAGGCACCCAGCUACUCGUGGCUUUACUGGUGUUGGGUACGGUUUAUGGUAUCCAGAUGAAUUUUGACAAAGCUGGAAGCUGUUUAGCCAGACGGUUUCAGAUGUUAUCUGUUAGCUUGUUGGAAUUUGUAUGUUGCAAUCGUCAAGGCUGUACAUUUAUGGUCCUUUUUUUAUUUUUGUUCAUAACCAGUAUUUGAUGCCUAUAGUAGGCAAUCGUUUCCUUUUGGGUUAGUUAUAUGCAUGCCAUUGUAAGUGGUUAGAUUGGGUGAAAUACCACUACUAUGUCCACCUAUUUGCAACCAUACUGGUAUAAUUCUAUCUUUAUUUGAGAUGUCAUUUUGUA